UGCUAGCUAGGCUACGUCACAGUCUUGAUUUGAGGCGAGGGCUUGCAGGAGAUUGAAUAGGAAGGUGGCAGAGACGCUGUGAAUAUUUACUUUUUAAAAAUCGAUUUAACCACACAACCAAAGUAUAUUACAAUACAGAAGGGUUUCACGCAUAUUUGUGAGGAUAUAUCGCUGGAAGAAGAUGGGUAGCUGCCUUACAGUUGGACCAAAUGAAGCCGUGGUUGUUUCUGGUGCCUGUUGUGGCUCAGAUGAGAAGACCUACAUGGUGGGGGGCUGGGCCUGGGCCUGGUGGCUCAUCACUGACAUUCAAAGGAUUACACUGGAGAUUAUGACACUCCAACCUAAGUGUGAGGAUGUUGAGACUGCUGAAGGGGUCGCCAUCACUGUCACUGGGGUGGCACAGAUCAAAGUGAUGACAGAUCAUGAUCUUUUGGCAAUUGCUUGCGAGCAGUUUUUGGGCAAAUCCGUCCCCGAAAUCAAAGGAGUGGUUUUGCAAACCUUGGAGGGGCAUUUACGCUCAAUUCUAGGCACACUGACAGUGGAGCAAAUCUACCAGGACAGGGACAAGUUUGCCCAGCUGGUGAGGGAGGUGGCAGCUCCCGACGUGGGCAGGAUGGGCAUCGAGAUCCUCAGCUUCACUAUCAAGGAUGUAUAUGAUAAACUGGACUACCUGAGCUCCCUGGGGAAAACUCAGACAGCAGCAGUUCAGAGGGAUGCAGACAUCGGUGUGGCAGAGGCAGAAAGGGAUGCUGGGAUAAGAGAAGCGGAGUGCAAGAAGGAGAUGAUGGAUGUCAAGUUCCUGGCCGACACCAAGAUGGCCGACUCCAAACGAGAACUUGAACUGCAGAAGGCUGCUUUCAACCAAGAAGUCAACACCAAGAAAGCGGAAGCUCAGCUGGCCUAUGAGCUGCAGGCAGCUAAAGAACAGCAGAAGAUCAGGCGGGAGGAGAUAGAGAUUGAGGUGGUUCAGAGGAAGAAGCAGAUCACCAUUGAGGAGAAGGAGAUUGUCCGCACAGAGAUGGAGCUCACCGCCAUGGUGAAGAGGCCUGCCGAGGCAGAGGCAUACAAGAUGCAGCAGCUGGCUGAGGGACAGAAGAUGAAGAAGGUUCUGACGGCCCAGGCGGAGGCAGAGAAGAUCCGGAGGAUAGGCGAGGCAGAGGCCUGCUCCAUAGAGGCUAUAGGGAAGGCUGAGGCUGAGAAGAUGAGGCUGAAGGCUGAGGCCUACCAGCAGUAUGGAGAGGCAGCCAAGACUGCUCUGGUCCUGGAGGCCCUUCCCAAGAUUGCAGCCAAGGUGGCGGCACCGCUGGCCAGGACCAAUGAGAUAGUCAUCCUGAGCGGGGAGGGCAACCGUGUGACUGGGGAAGUGAAUCGCCUCCUGGCUGAACUUCCAGUGUCCGUCAACGCCCUCACUGGAAUUGACCUAUCAAAGAUCCCACUACUGCAGAAGAUGACCUAUGCUCAGGCCUGAAAACAAUCUCUCUCUUCUACUCAGAUAUCUGUUUUAUGCACUCCCAUAGACUGCCUUCAAUACACUUGAAAUUAUUAUAUAUAUAUAUAUU